AUGGGCAAUGUUUCUCCCAAAAAGAUCAUCACAUCCCAAGGGACAGGAGAUGGGGUAUCCCCGGCAUCCGAGCCCAACAUGUCGCGAUCCGACUCGAUACCUGGUCAGUGUUUUCCCAGACGAUAUAGAAAACGCACCAUGACGCAUAUCCUGGAGCCAUACCCGUGGGGGACAUAUCCGUUGAUGAGAUGGUUUGAUGUUGCAGAUGUUACAGCCGCCAGCAAGUACGCACAAUCAGGAUAUUCAGCCCACCCGUCGACCUCGGCCUAUCCAGGUCCCGGACGCUAUGGACCGCCACCUCCCUUGAACAUGAGCAACAUGGUAUACUCGCUCCCGAAUCACCAAUCGUCAUCAUCCCCUUUUGAAGGCCAGCAUCUCAUCCAUCAAUAUCCGCCUGCCCAUCCCCAAGGCCUCGUCUAUCCGAUACAAUCAAUGGGUCAUUAUGGAGGCCCAAAUUCUGGUGGGAGUGGACCGUAUGCAGUACCUUUUGCACCAGGGUACGUGCCUUACUCGAUGCAGCACCCUGGAACUGUCCAGCAUGUCCCUGGUCACUACCCACAGUAUAUGGCAAAUCACUCGAUGCAGAAUAUGGGUCCGGGUCAGCCCCCCGCGUAUGGAGCGGGUUAUUACCAGCAGGGUUAUACGCCGUCUUCUCGACAUGGAUCACAAUCGGGGCCAGUACAAAUGCGGCACUCGGGGGCUCAAUCCAGGCAGGGGAGUCUAUCGCAGGGAAACUCGGCAUCGAAUACGGGAUCUACGAAGAAGGAAACAGACAAGCGGGUUUUGGAGGGGGAAUACGACGUAUCGAAGACAAUUGUGGAUGGUUCGAACCCGAUGAAGUUAGCACAACUUUCAUCCAUCCCUCACGAUUCGACCCUUCCCUCCCAAUCAGUGCCAACUGCACCUAGCACCCCUCGUGGACCACCUCGAAAGCCCAAGCAGUCCGGCCAUGCCCUCUGGGUGGGCAACUUACCACCCGGGUCGAGCGUGGUGGAUCUGAAAGACCAUUUCUCGCAGGAGGCAACCAACAACAUUGAAAGUGUGUUUCUCAUCUCCAAGAGUAAUUGUGCGUUUGUGAACUACAAGUCGGCCGCUGCAUGUGCCGCCGCUCUUGCUCGCUUCCACGACUCCCGCUUCCAGGGUGUCCGUCUCGUUUGCCGGCUCCGCAAGGGCUUUACAGCUCCAGGGUCGGGCUUGGGCCUUGGUGUGGCGGGUCCAGGCUCCAGGUCCCGUCCAGAGGAGACGACGGAUCCCCCUGUCACUGCCGAAGCUGGACCGUUGGUAGAGGCCAUUAUUCCCGGGCCGCUGGCGGACGGGACGGCUUCCCGCAGUUUGGAUCGGUACUUUAUCGUCAAGAGUCUGACGGUAGAGGAUCUCGAGCUUAGCAAGCAGAGCGGAAUCUGGGCGACACAGACGCACAAUGAAACCAACUUGAAUCACGCCUUUGAGAAUACCGACCAUGUCUACCUAAUCUUUUCUGCAAACAAAUCAGGCGAGUACUUUGGCUACGCUCGCAUGCUAUCACCCAUUAGCGACGAUGAGGAGCUCGCCCUAGAGAUGCCACCUCGUCCGGAGCCCCUACCUGGCACGGCCGAUGAACUAGAGGUGACCACGACCGCGGCGACCUCGACUGCCCCCAAAGGCCGAAUCAUUGAUGACUCGGCACGCGGCACGAUCUUCUGGGAGGUUGAAUCCUCAGGAGACGAGCACGACGAUGGUAGUGGUGAGAAGAGCGGCGAGGGUCUGGGGUCGGGUGCCGGUUCCGGCCCUCCUGCUUCCGUCUCGGGACUCAUUACUGUCGACGAUGAGGAGGCUCAGUCAUUCGGCAAGCCCUUUCGUAUUCAGUGGCUGUCGACUGAACGAGUACCCUUCCAUCGGACACGGGGACUGCGUAACCCGUGGAAUGCUAAUCGUGAGGUGAAGAUUGCCCGUGACGGUACCGAAAUCGAGCCGACUGUCGGGCGGAAAUUGAUCGCCCUGUUCCAACUGCCCUGA